AACACCGGAGCACCUCGCGUGGUCUGUACGGACAGAGACGGCGGGAUGGACGCAGGUUCCUCCGUGAGCGCUGUGAGGAGCCGCAGGGUUUUGGUGGGUCGUGAGAUUCGACCUGCACUCGUCACCAUAAAGGAAGGGAAGAUCCACGACAUCCUGUCCGACCCCGGAGAGACCCCACAUGAAGCUGAGGAGGUGUUGGAUGUCGGGGACAGUUUGGUGAUGCCGGGUAUAGUAGACUGCCAUGUUCAUGUUAACGAACCUGGUCGCACCAGCUGGGAGGGGUACUGGACUGCAACGCGGGCGGCGGCUGCAGGAGGGGUCACCACUAUCGUAGACAUGCCCCUGAACAGCAUCCCGCCCACCACCAGCCUCGCCCACUUUCAAGAGAAGCUGAAAGCUGCUACUGGCCAGUGCUUCGUGGAUACAGCAUUUUGGGGAGGAGUCGUCCCUGGCAACCAGCUGGAGCUGAAGCCCAUGGUGAAGGCGGGCGUGGCCGGGUUCAAAUGUUUCCUAAUUCACAGCGGCGUGGACGAGUUCCCUCACGUGAGCGACGCUGACCUGCACGCUGCCAUGAGACGACUCCAGGGCACAGGGAGUGUUUUACUGUUUCAUGCAGAAAAGGAGGUCAAUCAACCAGUGAAUAAGAACGGGGAUCUGAGAGAGUACUCGACUUUUCUGAGGUCCAGACCUGAUGUGAUGGAGCUGGAGGCCAUUCGAACCGUCGCACAGCUCUGCCUACAGUACAGAGUUCGAUGCCACAUCGUGCACCUCUCCUCAGCUCAGGCUCUGGACGUGAUCAGAUCAGCCCGUCAGUCUGGAGCUCUUUUAACGGUGGAGACGACCCACCAUUAUCUCACCCUGAACUCAGAGAGCGUCCCAUCAGGAGCCACCCAGUUCAAGUGCUGCCCACCUAUCCGAGACUCAGCCAACCAGGAGCAGUUGUGGUGUGCGCUCAGAGCCGGUGAUAUAGACAUGGUCGUGUCCGAUCAUUCCCCCUGUACCCCUGAUCUAAAGCUGAUGGACCGAGGGGACUUCAGUCAGGCCUGGGGCGGGAUCUCGUCCCUGCAGUUUGGUCUGCCUCUGUUCUGGACGUCAGCACGUCGGAGAGGUUUUUCAUUUCCUGAUGUAGUAAAACUCAUGUGUGAUGAACCGGCACGCCUCUGUCGCCUUGACAACCGGAAGGGAAAACUGGUACCGGGUCACGACGCCGACUUGGUCAUCUGGGAUCCGGAGAAGGAAUUUACGAUAACGGAAGAAAACAUUGAGCACAAAAAUAAACUGACUCCGUAUCUCGGGAUGACUCUGUGUGGAGAGAUAAAGGCCACCGUACUUCGAGGAAAGAUCGUCUACCUCAACGGCACCUUUAAUCCUCGACCGCUGGGAGAACUGUUACUCAUAAACCAGACCUCCAGUGGAACUGAUCUGUGAACAGCAGCAACUCAGACCCUUCUAACAAUCAACAAGCUUUAUUAGCAUGAGUGUAUAGUGCAUUGUGUUAAAUCAUUAAGAAAAUAAAAUAAUAAUAAUAAAAAUGUAAA